GCUUUGGCUGUGAGAAGUCUGUUGAAAAAGGAUCUUGAAAACGUAACGGGCGUUACUGAUUUUAAAGUGAAAAAAUUCUUGAAGAUUCACAGAAACCCUGGAACGUUUUGCGAAUUUGAAUUUAAGUCCGAUCUUGGAAAAGAAAGAGUCGAAAAUGAACUUGACAACGCCCUCGACAUUUGCAUGGAAAAAGCGUCGAUCUUGAACCUUCGACAGAACAUGAGCCUCCUGUUGCCUGGUGUAGAAUGGAAGGAUCCCUUUGCUGAUUACAACAAUUCUGAGUACAGAAGAAUAAAAACAGCAAUAGAAGAUGCUCUUAACGAAUUCUACCAAGACAAAGACGACGUCGUGGAUUUUGAGGUCGUUUCGCUCGCUAAAGCAAAUGACGGAUGGACCUUAGCGAAGGUGGAGUACUAUCUUUUGGUUUCAUCAACCACCAACGCGACAGGAAAAGAAUUGCAAGACACACUUACAACGUUUACAAAAAGUGACACGUAUGAAAAGACGUUCCCUGAUGCCAAGCGAAUACACGAAAAACGAAAUACUACUACUGAGAGUAGUGAGAUGGAUAAAGAGAACGAGAGGAGCAAAUUGACAAUAAGCUUGAUUGUGGUGGCAGCGAUAACCAUUUGUGCAGUGAUGAUACUCUUCCUUAUUGUGGUAAGUUCAUUCAUAAAUUCCCAGCUCGAAAUCGCUCCCUAAAUUUGUUUUUUCCUCAAUCGGAGAGUCCUUUCUAGUCAAUCUACGUGAAUCCUAUCCCAUUCCCAUUUACAUAAAACAUUCGUGAAGCUGAGCUUGUUUACCACUCUCUAUAUGCAGUUUGUUUGCGGACUUUUAGUGCAGGUCCCAAGUAAGAAUAGCAAACUGAGCGACAUUAGAGUAAACGCUGUCAUUUUGAACUUAAAACAUUUCGGAGAGUUUAUGUGAGACCUUAAGAGAGGCACAACUUCCUCACUGAAACUUGAAACUGUCACGAAUAUCUUCCGGCUUAUUUGGAAAUUAGAAUAUUAUAGUUGUUUCACCGCAGGUGAAUAAUAUUUUGACAGGUUAUCCGUCAGAAUUGGAAAUACAUCAAAGAGCACGCACCCGAUGUCAAAUUUGAAAUGUACCGAAAAAGACGAAGCAGGACUAAGAAUCUCCCCGAGAAAAUCCAGAAAGAGGAGACCAAGACCACACCUGUUAGCAGUGAGGAUUGCAUUGUU